CGUUCAUAUUUAGUUUAUGGUAGUGACUAGUGCUCGUUAAAAUGGUAUUUGUCAGAAUAGUUUAUAUUCGCGCAACGAACAUCAUUAAUACCAACGGCCAACGUCUAUGGCGCUUUCUUUGACUUGUAAUUGUGAAUAAGCAAUCGGAUGUUUGGGCUUUUGCUGUUCUCUCAAAUCAAUUUGAAGUUAUUUAGUAGUAACAUUCACUUGCUUUUUCUGGCAUUAGAAACAAUCCUAGAUUCGCCAGUGCAUUUGACUUUCAGCUCAGAGUUGAGUAAAUUAUUUAUUGGUGAUUUACGGCCAAAGAGAUAUUUACACAAAUUCAAAGCUGUCUCGGAAACUCUGUUAAAUAUUUUAGUAUUUCAGCUGCAGAAUUAGUUUUAUAUCUGCUCACCUUAUACACCUUUAAUUUAGAUCAAAUUCCACCUCAACCAUAAUUUAGCAGUUUGUGGAAAUGUUACGUCGGAGAAAACCUUUCGCUGUUACUAUAUUGUGCUUAUUGGCCACCGUUAUAUCCUUGUCUAUGUUUUUUCUCCAGCGCCCAUCGAAUUCCGAAGAUCAUCAUUUUUCCAAUCCAAGAAGUAGAGUUGCAGCUAAGCCGACAAAAGUGACCGUCAAACCCGUCCUCACAGCAAUUGAGAAGCUAGAAGGAUCCGCUUUGAAACCAGAGGAAAAACAAAAAAUUCGGCUGAAAAAACUAAACAAAUUCUGUGCGUUACAUCCUCAAUUAUCAAACACAGAUAGAGAUAAGUUACUUCAAUUUCAUUUCCGCAAAAAUGGAAAAUUCUACAGUGUUUUACCCGAGUAUAAAUUCUACGAAUGCCGAGUGGCAAAAACAGGAACGACAAUGCGCUCUUUCGUAUGGUGGGCGGCGUUUCACGGGGGCAAAAAUAUCCACGAGCAGCCCUAUUAUCACCCAAUUGUAGAUCCUGAUGUGAAAAAAAUGGACAAGAUGACCCUGCCUGAACUUCAAAAGGUUAUCACUUCAUUCACAGGGUCAAUUUUUGUCAGAGAGCCGAUUAUGAAAAUUAUUUCAGCCUAUUUUAACAAGUUUUGCGAUCCGAACCAAAAAUGGUUCUUUAAAAAGAGAUUUAAAAUUACCAACACAAUCGGAACUCCAAGUUUGGGUGAAAUUUUACGAAAACUGGCGAGUGAUGAAGACUUAGACGUGUAUAAACACGACGAUGACCACUUUACGAGCUACUUCGAUUAUUGCAAUCCGUGCCUGUCAAACUACUCCUUCAUCGGACGCUUUGAAAACUUAAAAUCAGACCUCAAUUAUUUGAUUUAUAAUAAAACGAACUUACACGAAGGUUUGAGUUACAGUGCGGAUACAGCGCCUAUAAGUCCGAAGUUCACGGAGUGUCCAUUUAUGAUGGACCACCCUAACGCUUUUAUAGAUGUAAAUUUAAACGAUGUGAAGAAACUGGCAAAAAAACUGAAGUUUGAAUACGAGGCAUUUGGAUAUGACCCGGCUGAUGUUAUAAAAUAUGUCGAGAAGAGAAUUCAAAUUAGUCAGCAGAACUUCUGAAUUGUUUUGUGUUAACAAUACAUUCGACAGCACUGGCUUUUCCAAUUAUAUAAUUGUUAUUAUUUUUUUGUGGAUUUUUAAUUAUCACACUAGCUGGAGCAAGUUAUA